AUGAGAGAGGAUCCGUCAAGCUGUGGUGAAUACCCUGAGGGAGGGGUGGUGUCCAGUGAGGAGGAGCCAGACUGUGCUCCAAUCAAAUACCCUGUGGUGGUGGUAACACCAGGGGCCGGCGGGCGCAAGAGUGUCACCAGGACAGACAACAUUUUAUCGCCAACAGAGGACAACAAGUCAACAACAGGAGGGCCUCCCAGUUUGAUCCCAUCAGGACCUAAGAGGCCUAAGAAGAGUCUCCAGCCCUCUCUGUCUCCUCUCCCCAUCCCAGGCCAGCCCUCCCUGUCUCCUCUCCCCAUCCCAGGCCAGCCCCUGGAGGACCCUCAGCACCAACGGGUGAUUGCCAAUGUACGGGAGCGCCAACGGACGCAGUCCCUGAACGACGCUUUUGCCUCGCUGCGUAAGAUCAUCCCCACGCUCCCCUCGGACAAGCUGAGCAAGAUCCAGAUCCUAAAGCUGGCCUCGCGUUACAUUGACUUCCUCUACCAGGUCCUGCAGAGCGACGAGAUGGAUGCCAAGCUGGCCAGCUGUAACUACCUAGCCCACGAGAGACUCAGCUAUGCAUUCUCAGUGUGGAGGAUGGAGGGGGCCUGGUCCAUGUCCGCUACCCACUAG